GAUUGCACUUACCGUAGUAACAAAUUAAAUCAAAUCCCUAUCGUGAUUUCUUACCCAGUGAUUUGUCCAAAAUACUUCUAAAACCAAUGGUGGAUAUACCUCAAUACUACUAGUCCUAUGGACUAGUAAAUUGUACCGUAAAGGACCUCCUACAAAAACCCCACGUCCCACACUCACAACAACCAACACACAUGCAUUUGCUAUCUAAACAACAAAGCAAGAGAGCCUAUCGACCAAAACGCCAUGGACCUCGCAACGGGGGCGCUAGGCUCCCUCCUCUCCAAGCUGGUCGAGCUCCUCGCCGAUGAGUACAAUCGGCUGAAGGGCCUGCGGAAAGAUGUCGAGUUUCUCGAGAGCGAGCUGAGGAGCAUGCACGCCGUCCUCCGCAAGGUGGCGGAGGUGCCGCGGGACCAGCUCGAUGAGCAGGUCAGGCUCUGGGCCAACGAAGUCAGGGAGCUGUCUUUCAACAUGGAGGAUGUUGUCGACCGCUUCCUGGUGCGCGUCCAAGGCCCUGACGACCGCAUCAAGAGCUCACACAAGCUGAAACGGCUCAUGAAGAAGAUGGCCGACUUGUUCACUGUGGGGAGGACUCGCCAUCAGAUUGCCCACGCGAUCAAAGACAUCAAGGGCCAAGUCGAGGAUGUGGCUGCACGCCGUGAUAGAUAUAGGAUCAACGAUAUUGUGGUGAAUCCAACCGCCACAACAACUAUUGAUCCUCGUCUGUUAGCUCUGUACAAAGAUCAGAAAGAGCUCGUUGGCAUCCAAGAAGCAUGUUCUGAGCUAAUCAACAGGUUGGCCAAUGGGAACAAUGAUGUGUCCACGCAAGAACUCAAGAUACUGUCCAUUUUCGGAUUUGGCGGGUUGGGCAAGACGACUCUUGCCAAAGCAGUGUAUCAUGGGAUUAAAGAACAAUUUGAGUGCAUGGCCUUUGUUUCUGUGGGUCGGAAUCCUGACUUAAAGAAACCUUGUCAAGAAUAUCCUCUUCGAGCUUGACCAAAAAAAGUAUGAGAAUUUCAAUGAAGCAGGGUUGGACGAAAGACAGCUCAUCGAUGAACUUCGGGGUCUGAUUCAAAACAAGAGGCGGUUACAUUAAUGUCGACGGCCUUGGCGCUGCUGCUUUUCACAUAGAUCAUGCUGAUGUCAAUGAAUGAGCAAGUGAGCUAGCUAUGAUCAAGAACGUGCAAUCUAUUCUACCUAGCACAUGCUAGGUUGGUUCUAUCGGAGGCUUCUACGACCAUAUCUAAAUGCUGGCUAUCUUGUUGAGAAAAAUUUCUGGCUGCUCUAGUUAUACUACUCUUCCUCCGGAAUGGUGGGUUCUUCGUCUUCAUGG